CGUGAGAGAGUGGGAGUGAGCAGAACAGGGAAACCAGCCGCCGCCCCGCCGCUGACUCUGCUUCUCUUCCUCUCCGCCGCCGCCCGCCAGAUCUCCUCUGCUACCCCCUUCGCCGGAAUCCGCCGCGGUGGUUUUAAUCAGCAGCGAGGAUGGGCGACAACCUGAUGGACAAGGUGACGGCGCUGAGCGAGCAGCUCAAGAUCACCGGGACGGAGGUGGGCAAGAAGAUGACGGCCGGCAUGACCUCCAUGAGCUUCAAGAUGAGGGAGCUCUUCCAGGGCCAGACCCCGGCCGACAAGGUCGUCGAGGACGCCACCUCCGAGGCCCUCCAGGGGCCCGACUUGGCCAUGAACCUGGACAUCUGCGACCUCAUCAACGCCGGCAAGGUGAGCAGCGUCGAUCUGGUCCGCGGGAUCAGGAAGCGCCUCCUGCUCAGGGACGCAAGGGUUCAGCUCCUCUCCCUGUCCCUCCUCGAGACCGUCACCAAGAACUGCGACAAGGUGUUCUCCGAGGUCGCCGCCGAGAGGGUUCUCGAUGAGAUGGUCAGGUUGGUGGAUGAUCCCAUCACCGUUGUGAAUAACAGGAACAAGGCACUUAUGCUGAUCGAGGCUUGGGGAGAGUCCGCCGAGGAGCUCCGCCACCUGCCGGUCUACGAGGAAACAUACAAGAGCCUGAAAUCAAGAGGAGUGCGGUUUCCUGGACGCGACAAUGAGAGCUUGGCCCCCAUAUUUACUCCACCACGCUCAGUUGCUGAAGCUGAAGCUGGUGCAAACUUCACGCAACAGACCUUUCAAGAUGUGCAUAUGCAUACAUAUACUGCCGAAGAAACAAAGGAAGCUUUUGAUGUUGCGCGUAAUAGCAUAGAGCUUCUUUCAACUGUUCUUUCAUCUUCCCCUCAGCAGGAUGCUUUGCAGGAUGACUUGACGACCACCCUUGUGCAACAAUGCUACCAAUCCCAACACACCAUCCAGAGAUUCAUCGAGACGGCUGGGGACAACGAGGCCAUGCUCUUCGAGGCCCUGACCGUGAACGACGAGAUCCAGAAAGUGCUAUCCAGAUACGAAGAGAUGAAGACACCCGUGGCGCCAGCGCACGCGGAGCAAGAGCCGUUGGCCAUACCGAUCCCCGCAGAAGCAGAACAUGAGGACCCCACCGGCGCCGGGAGCGAAGAGGCCCUGGUCAGAAAACCGGCCGGUACUCGAGCAAAGCCUGGGGAAGAUGAAGGUGUGCUCGAUGACCUCGACGAGAUGAUAUUCGGCAAGAAGGGAGGGGGCAGCUCCUCCCAGGAGGAUGUGGAUGGGGCUCAAAAGCAGGACACGAAGAAAGAUGACCUAAUUAACCUCUGAACACCGUCCCUGCCAGUUCCUGGGAUGAGAAGGCAGUUGCACCUGCAAGUCUUAUACUACUGCACGAUGGCGUCUGAAUGUAUUUCAUCUGGUAGAGGAUUGGACAUUCAUUAGGGUUCAGGUCGCUCAUCUACUUAUUUGCCGCACUCGGUUGAUCAUCGGUAGCUCAGUAGUUGUGCUCCGCGGUUUGUCGCGUUGAUCAGUUCACUUGUCAUCAUGUUCUGGUUUCCUGGAUGCAUCUCAAGCAAUCGAUGUACCACCAAUACAUGCAUCUUUUUAGAAAGUUGUGAAGAACACUCAUCGUCGUCACAUUAUGCAUCAAUAUAGUCUCACACCCAAUGUUUUUUA